AUGAGGGCAACCUCGACGGCCUUCAAGGUGUCAGACCCGAUCCAGCACAACCAGGCUGCAAUGAGCACCAAGCCGUCUGUUCGACAGUGCUUCUUGUACUUCGCGGCUCUUAUCAAUGACCGCAAAGCGGCCUUCUGGCCCGAAACAUUCGGGUUGCCCUUGACAGACCAACCCAGGAAUGACCCUGCACGAGAACAACAUUCACGCACUGGAAAAGCUGGAAAAUUCUGGAACUAG